GCGCCGCGCCCGGGCCCCGAGCUGUCGCCCUCUGCCGCCUCGCCUCCUGCGACCCCCAGCGCCUCCUCCCGCUACAAGACUGAGCUGUGUCGGACCUUCUCCGAGAGCGGGCGCUGCCGCUACGGGGCUAAGUGCCAGUUUGCCCACGGCCUGGCCGAGCUGCGCCAGGCCAACCGCCACCCCAAGUACAAGACGGAGCUCUGCCACAAGUUCUACCUCCAGGGCCGCUGCCCCUACGGCUCGCGCUGCCACUUCAUCCACAACCCCAGCGAGGACCUGGCCGCCCCCGGCCACCCUCACGUCUUGCGCCAGAGCAUCAGCUUCUCCGGCCUGCCCUCGGGCCGCCGAACCUCGCCGUCGCCCACGGGCCUGGCGGGCCCGUCCCUGUCCUCGUGCUCCUUCUCGCCCUCCAGCUCCCCGCCACCACCGGGGGACCUUCCGCUGUCGCCCUCUGCCUUCUCUGCCGCCCCUGGGACCCCCGUGGCUCGAAGAGACCCCACCC